CCCGAGGCGACCGGCUCUUCCGGGGCUGGGACGGCUGUAGGCGGCAGGCGGCCUCGGCACCAGCGAACUCAUAAAUACCGCGGUGGCGCGGGUGGCGGGAGACGUGCGUGCGGGCAGCCCGCGCCCCCGAGGCGUCUGGAUAACUACCCGUCUUGAAGAAGACCUCCCUGCCCUCCUGCCUCACUCCCACAGAGCGCUGCUAUUCCCCAUCCUCCCUGCCCUUCCUGCUGUACCUGUGGGGAGCUGAUCUCCUCAGUCCCCCUGCUUUCCCUUGUCUGCUGUCACCACCCCACCACCAUGCACUCCCUUCCUGGCUGCUGGUCCUGCUGCUGUCUGCUCCUGCUAUGCUACUUGGGAGUCCAGGGGUCCCCGAGGGCCUCCAGCGCUGCCCCAGAGCAAGUCCAUCUGUCUUACCCAGGUGAGCCAGGCUCCAUGACUGUCACCUGGACCACAUGGGUCCCAACCCGCUCUGAAGUGCAAUUCGGGUUGCAGCCGUCAGGGCCCCUGCCCCUCCGCGCCCAGGGCACCUUCGUCCCCUUUGUGGACGGGGGCAUUCUUCGGAGGAAGCUCUACAUACACCGAGUCACACUGCGCAAGCUGCUGCCGGGGGUUCAGUAUGUUUAUCGUUGUGGCAGUGCCCAGGGCUGGAGCCGUCGGUUCCGCUUCAGGGCCCUCAAAAAUGGGGCCCACUGGAGCCCCCGUCUGGCUGUGUUUGGGGAUCUGGGGGCUGACAACCCAAAGGCCUUCCCACGGCUGCGCAGGGAAACCCAGCGGGGCAUGUACGACGCCGUUCUCCACGUGGGAGACUUUGCCUACAACAUGGAUCAGGACAACGCCCGUGUUGGGGAUAGGUUCAUGCAGCUCAUUGAACCCGUGGCUGCCAGCCUGCCGUACAUGACAUGCCCUGGGAAUCAUGAAGAACGCUACAACUUCUCUAACUACAAGGCUCGCUUCAGCAUGCCGGGGGAUAAUGAGGGCCUGUGGUACAGCUGGGAUCUGGGUCCUGCCCACAUCAUCUCCUUCUCCACCGAGGUUUAUUUCUUUCUCCAUUAUGGCCGCCACCUGGUACAGAGGCAGUUUCGCUGGCUGGAGAGCGACCUCCAGAAAGCCAAUAGGAACCGGGCAGCCCGGCCCUGGAUCAUCACCAUGGGGCACCGGCCCAUGUACUGCUCCAAUGCAGAUCUGGACGACUGCACACAGCAUGAGAGCAAGGUCCGCAAAGGCCUCCGAGGCAAGCUGUACGGGUUGGAGGAUCUUUUCUACAAACACGGGGUGGACUUGCAGCUGUGGGCUCAUGAGCACUCGUACGAACGACUGUGGCCAAUUUACAACUACCAGGUAUUUAACGGUAGCCAAGAGAUGCCCUACACCAACCCGCGGGGACCUGUCCACAUCAUCACGGGAUCUGCUGGCUGUGAGGAGCGGCUGACGCCUUUUGCCGUCUUUCCAAGGCCCUGGAGCGCCGUGCGUGUGAAGGAGUAUGGGUACACGCGGCUGCACAUCCUCAAUGGGACCCACAUCCACGUCCAGCAGGUGUCGGACGACCAGGAUGGGAAGAUUGUAGAUGAUGUCUGGGUGGUGAGACCCCUGUUUGGCCGGAGGACGUACCUCUAGGGAUGGGAGCCGCUCUCCUCCAGAAGCCUAUGUUUUGUCACCUUGGCUGCUGUGACCAGACACUGAUCAGGCCUGAGUGGGGAGUUGGGUGGGUCCUGACUCCCCUGCCCUCCAGAGGCCCCACCCAUGUAGGGUGCAUGCAGCCCUAUGGAGCUGGGGCACUGUCCCCUCCUAGAGAGGUGGGAGUCGUGGCUGGCUGUGGAGGGAGUGGGCACAGAGUGACACAGGGCGGGCCUCUGCUGGCAUGGCCCCACCCUCCUGCAUAGCACUGAUGGAGCGAGGUGCCUGUAGGGCUUCUGGAGUCAAGAGCCUUAAACUGUGGCUCCAUGGACUUUGCAUGUCUGCUGGGGGUGCCCCUGGGCUGCCUCCUUUCCUGCCCACCCCUCAAGGGCAUCGCCAGCCUUCCGUCAGCAAAGUGGGCACAACCAUCAUGACACUACUCACCAGCAGGUGGCGUCGGGGGCCUUUUCUUCUGAGCCCCACACUGAGAGUUGGUCUGAAGCCGGCUCCUGCUUCACGGCUCAAAGAGUGUGACCAGUGUCCCUUCGUGCCUCAGUUUCCCAGCCUGACACCGUCUUAUCCGGGAAGAAGAGACAUGCUAACACUCCUGCUUCCCAGCUAGGACCGAUGACAAUCCGCAAGAGCCCACAGAUUGCCAGUUCCUUCCCUCUUUCCUUCCUUCCUUUCCCUUAUUUAUUGAAUCAUCAUUUAUUGAGCAUCUACUGUCCCAGGCUCUGUUCUCAGUGCUGGGGAGACAGGCAUGAAUGAGACAGAGAUCUCUGCCCUCACAGGUCUGACAUUCUAAACAGAGAGUUGGAAAAAAUACAGGAUAAAUGAGUUGGUUAAAUAGGGAUUCAUGCUCAGAAAAUGCAGGGACAGUGAGGGAGCAGUUGGAAUUUUCAGGGGGAUCUCACUGAGAGGGAAACAUCUGGGGAAAGAGCAUUCCAGGCAGAGGAACAGCCAGUGCAAAGGCCCUGAGACAGAAAUGUGUAUCUUAGCUGGGUACAGUAACACACCUGUAAUCCCAGCACUUUGGGAGGCUGAGGCAGGCGUAUCACUUGAGCCAGAGUUUGAGACCAGCCUGGGCAACACGGUGAAACCCCGUCUAUAUCAAAAAUACAAAAAUUAGCUGGAUGGCUGGGCAUGGUGGCUCAUGCCUGUAAUCUCAGAACUUUGGGAGGCCGAGGUGAGUGGAUCACAAGGUCAGGAGAUGGAGACCAUCCUGGCCAACAUGGUGAAACCCCGUCUCCACUAAAAUCCAAAUAAUUAGCCAGGGAUGGUGGCGUGUGCCUGUAGUCUCAGCUACUCAGGAGGCUGAGGCGGGAAAUCGCUUGAACCUGGGAGAUGGAGGUUGCAGUGAGCUGAGAUCAUGCCACUGCACUGCAGUCUGGUGAUAGAGCAAGACUCUGUCUCAAAAAAAAAAAAAAAAAUAGCUGGGCAUGGUGGUGUGUGCCUGUAUUCCCAGCUGCUCAGGAGGCUGAGGCGGGAGGAUGACUUGAGCCAGGAGGUUGAGGCUGCAGUGAGCCAUGAUUGCACCACUGCACUCCAGCCUGGGUGACAGAGCAAGACUCUGUCUCAAAAAAAGAAAAAACAAACUUGCUCAUUAUCUGUCUGCACCCUCAAGACUAAGUUUGUGAGGGUGGUGACCGUGAAUUCAAUGCCUCUGCCGAAUCACCCCAGGCCCCUUCUCAGGCUGGGGUGUGGACUCUGGGCUCCCCGCAUUCCAGUCCUUCCUACUCCAGGCCAUCGCUGUCUGGGGAUGGGUCUCUCUGACUCUCCCGCUGGACUUUGACCUCAGAAGAACGGGGCCCAGAGCUGCAUCCCAGCAUUGCUCAGCACAAGAUAGAUGUGUAAUAAAUAUCUGUUGCCUUAAUAAGGCCACCACAUGCCAGGUUCCGGCUGGGCAAUGCUGGGAGCAGCAGUGAAUCAGCCACAGCCAUGCCCUCUGGGAGCUCACAGGCAGGUGGGGAAACACGGUUUUGAAACACAGGUGAUGAGCACUGAGAGAAUGCCAUGGUGGGCCAGGCCACGACCAGGAGGUCACAGGUUGGACAGUCAUGUAGUGCAAUGGCCACUGACUGAGCUGGUGCCCUGUGCAGGCCUGGCAUGCUCUGUCCCCGGCUGGGUGAGGCUGUGGACGUGCCGGAAGCUGGCAACCUCCACAGAGGGCAGAGGGCAGACACUGGAGUCAAACAGAAACUGGUUCAAAUUCCAGCUGCGUCACUUCCUGUGUGAGCAUGGGCAAGUCAGCAACCCUCUCUGAACCUCUGUUCCUUCAUCUGUAAUCCAGGAAUGGUAAUGCUCUGUGAGGCUGCCUUGGGAUUAAAUGAGAUUGAAAGCUU